GAGACUUUUAAGAAUUUAUUUCUAUAAUAUAUUAUAAAAUGGCCGACAAAGAAGUUCUUGUUUUAAGAGGUACCUUAGAAGGUCACAAUGGAUGGGUCACUUCCUUAGCUACUACCCAAGUUCAACCAGAUAUCUUAUUAUCUGCUUCUCGUGAUAAGACUUUGAUUGUCUGGAAAUUAACCAGAGAUGAACAAGCCUACGGUGUCCCAAGAAGAUCAUUUAAAGGUCAUUCUCACAUUGUUCAAGAUUGUUGUAUCUCUCCAGAUGGUUUAUUCGCCUUAUCUGCUUCAUGGGAUAGAACUUUACGUUUAUGGGAUAUUGAAACCGGUCAAUGCACCAGAAGAUUUGUAGGUCACACUGGUGAUGUUUUAAGUGUUUCCAUUGCUAAAAACUCAAGACAAAUCGUUUCUGCCUCAAGAGAUAAAACCGUUAAAAUCUGGAAUGCCAUUGGUUUAUGUAAAGAAACUUUACAAGGCCACUCUGACUGGGUUUCUGCUGUUAGAUUCUCUCCAGAAGAAUCUUCCUCCACCAUUGUUUCUGCUGGUUGGGAUAAAUUAGUCAAAUCCUGGGAUUUAUCUGACUACUCUGCCAAAGCUGAUUUCAUUGGCCACACCGGUUACGUCUCCUGUAUCACCAUCUCUCCAGAUGGAUCUUUAUGUGCUUCUGGUGGUAAAGAUGGUUCUAUUAUCUUAUGGGAUAUGACUGUUCCAAAGACCUUAUAUACCUUAAACUCCGGUGACGAAAUCUAUGCCUUAGCUUUUUCUCCAAACAGAUAUUGGUUAUGUGCUGCUACAUCUUCUUCAAUUAAAAUCUAUAACUUGGAAGAACGUAGAUUAAUGGGUGAAUUGAAACCAGAAUUCACCUCUACUGGUAAAACUAAAGACGCAGAAUGUAUCUCCUUAGCUUGGUCUUCUGAUGGUCAAAACUUAUUCACUGGUUAUACUGAUAAUAUUAUUCGUGUUUGGCAAGUUAUGACCAGCAGUUAAAUUUAAAUAUAUUUUUGAAAUUAAAUUAAAUUAAAUUAAAUUUAUCAAAAAUCAUUUAAAAUCUAACAAAAAAUAAAUGAAUCUUUAAUAAAAGUUUAAUCAUCUUAUAUACUUGAAGUCUUCCAAUUCUUAGGCC